CCGGCCGGAAGCUCCGGCGCCCCGGGCCCACGCGCACGGGGUCGCAGCCCCGCUCCCUCCACCGCAUGCGUCGGGCUGAGCGCUCGCCGGCACCGCCGGCCUGCGGGCUCAGGGUCGACCCGUAUGGGUUCGAGCGGCCCGAAGACUUCGACUACGCCGCCUACGACGAGUUCCUCUCCGCCUACCUGGCGGUGCUCACCAGGAGAGCCCUGAAGUGGUCCCGGCUGCUGCAGGGGGACAGCGGCCUGCGCAGGACCGCGACAGUGAAGCGCUACAUCCGGAAAGGGGUCCCGCUGGAGCACCGGGCCCGAGUGUGGCUGGCUGUGAGCGGAGCGCAGGCCCAGAUGGAGCAGAACCCCGGCUACUACCAGCGGCUACUGCGGGGAGAGCGAAACCCUGAGCUGGAGGAAGCCAUCAGGACAGACCUGAGCCGCACCUUCCCGGACAACGUGAGGUUCCGAAAGAUGGCACAGCCCUGCUUGCAGAAGGCUCUGUCCGACGUGCUGCUGGCCUACGGGCUGCACAACCCAGGUGUGGGCUACUGCCAGGGAAUGAAUUUCAUAGCGGGAUAUCUCAUUCUCAUCACAAAGAGUGAAGAAGAGUCUUUCUGGCUCCUAGACGCUCUCAUUGGACGGAUCCUGCCCGAUUACUAUGGCCCGGCCAUGCUGGGCCUGAAGACAGACCAGGAGGUCCUGGCAGAGCUGGUGAGGGUGAAGCUGCCAGCAGUGGCCGCCCUGCUGGACGGGCACGGCGUGCUGUGGACCCUGGUGGUGUCCCGCUGGUUCAUCUGCCUGUUUGUGGAUAUCCUGCCCGUGGAGAUCUCUGUUCUACAGACUGUGCUUCGGAUCUGGGACUGUUUGUUCAACGAAGGCUCCAAAAUCAUCUUCCGGGUGGCCCUGACCCUGAUUAAGCAACAUGAGGCAUUCAUCUUGGAAGCCACUGGCGUGCCAGACAUUUGUGACAAGUUCAGGCAGAUCACCAGAGGGAGCUUCGUGGUGGAGUGCCACACAUUCAUGCAGAAAAUAUUUUCACAUCCUGGGAGCCUGUCCAUGACGACCAUCACCAGGCUCCGAGAGAGCUGCCGGGCAGCGCUGCUGGCGCAGAGGUGACCACAUCCCCACGUGCCCUCCAUUCCUGGCACCGGGAGGAGCCCUGGCCACAGGGCUGAGGCCUGCGCAGCCUCCACUGCCUCCGUCGGUGCUGUGAACACUGAAGUCACCACACUUUCGUGCUGAGUUUUUUUAAAAAGUGAUUUAAAAAUCAUGUCAUUCUCUAGACUUUCAAUUAUGACCUAUGAAGUCAUAAAAUUUCUAAGAAAUUUUUAUCUUAGACAUCAGUAAUAUAUAAAAUGAGAUAUGUGCAUUUAUAUUUAAUAAAAUAUUUCAGCUCUAUGAGUUUUUGCUUAUCGGCUUGUUAA